GAUAUUUUGACGUCUUGCCCUACUGUGUCUUCGGUGUCUUCCAAUUAACUCCUUUAAAGUAUAACAUAUUUUUGUCACAUACGCAUUCGUUCGAAUGUUACAUUAUUGAUAAGCUUUGAUUGUGAUUAGCUCUAUUUUUAUCGAGUGCUUCGAACUGGAAAUCAUGCACUGUAAUCAAGGAAAAUCAUCCAUGGAUUAGUGAGCUGAUAUUGUUGCGGUGGGGCUUGUGGAUGGUUUCACGGCACGGUGUGUAACUCAGUGGGAGAAAGAUUUCCGCAUCCGUAACAUAUUUCCCAAAAUUUGAAUUUACGUGCUCAGAAAGAAAUUAGUAACAAUGCAGGUUCUCAGCAAACUAACUUCCGUUCCGGUCACCUGUACGGAAUACGUCCACCCGUGGACCGAGUCGUGCAGUAUAGCGUCGGCAGAAUUCCUGCUGGUGGCCAUCCAAGACAGCUUCCGACUUUAUUCUGCUGUAUACAUGCUUUCGUUAGCGAUGCGCGGUCGCGUCCCAUCGUUCGAGGAACUGAAACGCACAAUACGGGGACUGCUGCAAUCCACUGCCUUCCUGACGAUGUCCGCCUUCAGCUAUUCUGCGUUCCUGUGUGCCCUUCGACAGCUCUUUGGUUCCUAUAAUUUUUAUACGGCGGCGUACAUUCCGGCCUAUCUCGCAGCAUUCUUUUCAAUCAUGGUGGAAAGACCGUCCCGGCGGGGUCUGCUCUGUCUGUAUGUGUCGAACGUCGCGACCGAAACCGGUUGGAACAUUCUCAAGUCCCGUGGCAUGGUGAAAUCGCUUCCAUUUGGAGAGAUUGUUAUUUUUGGUCUCUCGACAGCGACCCUCCUGUACUUCUACCGGCUGAACCGGCAGAAGGAUUACAAGGAUUCUAUGUUUGAUGUGUUCCAAUUUGCACUGGGGAAAAGUGAGGUUCUACACUCGGAGCAAAGUAAUGAGAAUCUUCCACAGAGACGAUCCACCACAGGGAACACUCCGCGUGCUUCAUCCUACAAUUUUAUUCAGAUGGCAGUGAAGGUUUAUUUGAACUUGAUAUCAAAAAUUAAAUCGCUCAGCAGGCAUCAUCUGUGUAGGCAUAGAUACAGUUGUGCCUACAGUAUACUCUCCGGGGGCACCCGAAUGUUUUCGAUAGGAUUAGGCAUCCAGGUGAUUAUGAAGAUUUUGUUCCAAACCAAAAGGGUGAUCCGACGCCCGAAACUCUUCAAGCGAAUAUUUCUCAACAGGGGAAUAUUUAAGUUGGGAUUAUUCCUGGGAUGCUUCACAUCCCUGUACAAGCUAUCUUCCUGUAUGUUGCGGCACAUUACAAACAGCGACAAGGCGGCGUAUGCCAUCCCGAGUGGGCUGCUGGCGAGCGUAUCAUUUGGCUUUUAUGCUGAUAAUACAAUCGCCUUGUAUAUAAUGUGGAAAACACUUCAGAUGACCUACAAUUGGGGCGUCGAAAAAGGAUACGUACCAAAGAUUCCUGGCUUCACCGUGUUUCUGUACUGCGCCAGCACUGCUUUGCUCUUCCAUGCUGCCACCUUGGAGCCAAUGAAUUUGCGCCCGAGCUACUGGAAGUUUUUGUAUUCGAUAUCAGGCGGGAGGAUUUGUGUCAUGGAUCGAAGUGGUUUCGACGUGUACGGCCUUAACACGAGCGGACAGAUUCGCGAUGUAUCGGAACUUUUCAAAACUCCCGCAGUGGUGAAAUUUAGGCUGUGAAAGGCUGAGAAAAGCAAGGUCGAAAUGUACGAGACAGGAAUCAUGUGUUGCCUUGGAGCAUGGAGGGGCUUCAGAAUGUAAUUUAUGCCUUUUCGUGAUGUGCUGCACAAAGUGUCCCAAAUAAUUAGUAGUAGUGUUAAGCGAUAGAGAAUUUAGGUAGCUUGAAUGGUUGACUUACUUUCUUGAGAAUAUUGAAAUAUUUUACUGCAUACAUGGGAACUAAGUUGAUUACAUUAUAAGGAAGAGUUCAAGGGUUUAUUGUUUGUAAAUAAUUAUUUGUUUUCUGGUACCAUUGUUUAUGCGAUACUUUUGUAUAAAAAUGAAUAAUAAAUGGAUAACUGCCGUUU